CCGCCGCCAUCUUGACGGCGGGAGGAGUGCUGCUGUGGCAGUGCGGGAGGCGGCCCGGCUCUCCGGAAUCACUUAAGCCCCGGGAGAAGCGCUUUUGCGCCCACCCCUGUGCUCCAGAAAUGGCCAAUGUGCUCUGUAACAGAGCCAGAUUGGUUUCCUAUCUCCCAGGAUUUUGCUCUUUAGUUAAGAGGGUUGUCAGUCCUAAAGCCUUUUCAACUGCCGGGUCUUCAUCCGGUUCUGAUGAAUCUCAUGUGGCCCCUGCUCCCCCAGAUAUUUGCUCUCGAACAGUCUGGCCUGAUGAAACUAUGGGACCGUUUGGACCUCAGGAUCAGAGAUUUCAGCUUCCUGGGAAUAUAGGCUUUGAUUGUCACCUCAAUGGGACCUCAUCACAAAAGAAAAGCCAGGUUCCUAAAACUUUACCUGAUGUGCUAGCAGAACCUUUGUCAACUGAAAGACAUGAGUUUGUGAUGGCACAGUAUGUGAAUGAGUUUCAGGGUAAUGAUACACCUGUUGAACAAGAAGUUAACAGUGCGGAAACCUAUUUUGAAAGUGCCAAAGUAGAGUGUGCAAUCCAAGCGUGUCCGGAAUUGUUGCGAAAAGAUUUUGAAUCACUCUUUCCUGAAGCGGCCACCAACAAACUUAUGAUUCUGACUGUAACACAAAAAACUAAGAAUGAUAUGACUGUUUGGAGUGAGGAAGUAGAAAAUGAAAGAGAGCUGCUCUUGGAGAAGUUCAUCAAUGGUGCUAAGGAAAUAUGCUAUGCUCUUCGAGCUGAAGGAUAUUGGGCUGAUUUUAUUGAUCCAUCUUCUGGUUUGACAUUUUUUGGACCUUAUACAAACAACACUCUUUUUGAAACAGAUGAACGCUACCGACAUCUAGGAUUCUUUGUUGAUGAUCUUGGCUGCUGUAAAGUGAUUCGUCAUAGUCUCUGGGGUACCCAUGUGUUUGUAGGAAGUAUCUUCACUAAUGCAACACCAGACAGCCAUAUUAUGAAGAAAUUAAGUGGAAACUAGUAGUAAUGACAAGUUAUUUGCUGUACUAGUUUUACUAAACAUUUGGGUUGCUCUAUAAACACUUGUCAAAGGCUUCAGUUUUCAAAUUUUAGUUAUUUCAAGGUAUUUAUUUCAACAUUUGUGAAUUUACAGCUUUGGCAGUUGGUUUAUGAUAAUUUAAAUCUCGAAUGGUCAUCUAUUGAAUACCUGUUGAGCACAGACAUUGUACAAAAUAUGGCAAUUAACACGCAACCAGGAUCUUCCCCCUUUUAUUGGAAAUGCCUCAUUUUAUUUUUCUUUAAAAAUAAAUCACACAUUUCGUUAUGGUA